CUCCGGAGACACUUUUCCUCCACGUGAUGACAUCACUGCUGGACAAAGCGGCACAAGGAGUGGUUUCUGCUAGGCGACUCGUCCCAAAUCAAUGGACCGUAUGUCUAAAGUUUAAGUAGCUUACGAAAUUCAUCCAGUAUCGAGGUGGGUUUUCAGUUUUCGCGUCUUUUAAAGUUCAGAUAUCGGUUCGUGAGAGGAAUGAGAGCCGCUUACGAAAGGGAGAUCGUCUUCUGCACUGAAAGAGUCACUGCCCCUUGAUGCUUUAGGGGAUUUUUAACUUUUGUCCUCCUAACAUGUGCUGUGUCUGACGAGGUAAACCUGCGGUUUCAGUCCCCCCCCGGAAGACCAUGCUGUCCCUCCUGCUGCCUGUGUUGCUGGCCGUCCAAGCUCUCGCUGUGAUGGAAGUGCAUGUUCCUGAGCUCCCAGUAGUGGCGCUGCAUGGCAAGGAUGUCACCCUCAACUGCUCCUUCAGCCACACCGCCCUCUUCAAUCUGUCCGACCUGAGCGUCUUCUGGCAGCUGACAGACACCAAACGCAGCGUACAUGGAUACUGGGAGGGCCGAGACCAGCUGGCAGACCAGGCUGAGAGCUUUGUCAACCGUACCAGCCUCUUCCCCACCCAAUUGGGCAUGGGCAAUGCUUCUCUCCUCCUGCGCCGAUUGGAGGUGGCUGACGAGGGCAGCUACACCUGCUUUGUCAGGGUGCAGAACUACAGCAGUGCUGCAGUCUUUCUCCAGGUGGCUGCCCCCUACUCCAAGCCUGUGGUGACUCUGGAGCCAGACUCCAACCUACGACCAGGUGAUGAGGUGGCCUUGACCUGUGUGUCUUAUGGUGGUUAUCCAGAAGCUGAUGUGUUGUGGCAGGAUGGAAGUGGGCGCAACCUGACAGACAACGUCACAACCUCCAUGGUAGCCAAUGAAAAAGGGCUUUUUAGCAUGCACAGUAUCCUGACUGUCGUCCUGGAGCCCAAUAGUACCUACAGCUGCCGACUGACUAACUCACUGUUGGGCGAGGAAGGCCAUGCCUCCGUCACCAUCACAGGUCAGAACAUGGUGUUCCCCCCAGUGGCUCUGUGGGUGACUGUGAGUCUGGCGUUGUGUCUGCUGGGUCUGCUCAUCGCCCUGGCUGCCGUCUGCCGCAGGAAGAUCAAGGAGAGCUGUGAGGAGGCCAGAAGAGAAGCUGAAGAGGCCAAAGAGUUGGAAGAAGAGGAGUCAAAGACAGCCAUGACACCGCUGAAGAGCUAAGACCAAAGGAAUAAAGGAGUCAGGGCCAGACGGCAGAUAGGAGAUGAGUCUGGCGGGUAAUCCCACUCCACCUAUCCAUCAACCUGGAGACUAUUUCCAGCAUCCCCUACAGAAUGUCAAAGCCUCGCUGAGCGGAAGAUGAGUCCAUCAUCUUCUUUUCAAGACUUUCCCCCGGGUUUCCAUCAAAACACAUAAACACAUCAUAUGCCAUUAUUCUAUAUAGCCCUGCCUAACUUUCUGUCAAUGAAAGAGGACUGUGGCAGCGAACGAAUGCAGUUGAGGGUGUUGUAUUUUAUGCAAUAUGCAAAGGAACGGCUCCAUUUGAAAGCUACUGCAUUUGACAGGCCCCUUUCACCAUCCCAGACAUCAUUCUCUAUAAGAAGUGAUGGGGUGUGUGCCAGAGAUCUCCUGUCAAAUAGGAAGUGAGUGGUUUAUGAGAUGACCCUGCCCAGGCUGCCAUCACUGUCUCUGCCAGAGAGGGAGCUCGGCUCUCCCAUUACUCCUGCACUUGCUAAUUAGCGUCUGUUUUUGGAGUUACUUGUACCUGUCAGCGUGUGCCUCUCUCCUAUAUUCAAUAACUUGGGGGAAUUGAAAUUGAAUGCCAGCUAAGCUCCAACAAACUGCAAAUGGUGCAUGGGAAAUGCUCUUGAUUUUUUUCUCACCGACCUGACAACAUUAUAUGUUAGGAAUUGCUUUUAAUGAACACAAGACUGCCCCAGCUACUUUUUCCACUGCUGGGCUGGAAUGUUUUAUCAAUUCAGAAUGGGGGCAUAGGAGUUGUACAGGCUGUUGUGUUGUGUUUUUGCAGGUACUUGAGCAAGUCCCAGUGCCAAAUGUCCAUGUAUGAAUGCCAAAGUCAUUUCUGUAAGAUAACCUGAUGCCUAUUUACAAUAAAAAGACACGGUGAA